UGCGAGCGCGUAUUGCGUGUGUGGGUCUGCCAAAUGUGUGUGACAGGAGCGGGGAGGAGGCUCUGAGCAGAAGCAGAGCGUCAAAUGUUUCAUAUUACAAGCCACUGCUUUGAAAAAAAGAGGAGGAGGAGAGGAAAAGGAGGAGGAGGAGGAAACCUGGGGCUUCUUUUCUCUUUCAGCGGCAUUUGACUGGGAGUUUAUGGAGGCUGCAGCUGUGGAAAAUGAAGCUCUCCUCCGUGGCCUUUGCUCUCCUGACUCACACACUGUUCGGAGGUUGGUGUUUAGCCAUCAACGUCACCGUCAGCCCCUCCCCCUUCACGGUGGCCCAGGAGGGUCAAAACAUCACCCUCUCCUGCGUGGUGUCCCAGCGGCGCCGGAACGCCGCCCUGCCCGUGGUGAAGUGGACCUUCACACCUGCGGGUGCCGGCCGGCCGGAGGACGAGCUCCUCAUCGCCCGCGUCAACAUGAGGAAGGCCCGUUUCUACGGCAACUACACCAAGAGCUUCCCGUGGCCCAAGAUGAAGCUGACGGUGGUGAAGCAGGGGAAGAUCUUCGACCUGCUCAUCCUCAACGUGUCGGAGGGCGACCGGGGCCUCUACACGUGCCGGGUGCAGGAGUUUAAAAAGCACCAGGACCGAUGGAAGGCCUCGUCCAACUGCAGCGCAUCCACUGAACUCAGAGUGCACAUUCAACCAGCCAGCGGGUCCAAAGAAAGCCUGUGGAGCUUAUUUGAAGAUGUGUACCUGUGUGCCGUGCUGAUCUGCUCCGUGGGCUUGCUGUGCACGUGCAUGUUCACACUGAUGGUAACCUGCCAGUACAUACAGAGGAAGCAGAGGUUAAAAGAUAACUACAAUUUGGUCAAAAGCCCCCAAAAUAGCUCAGGGGAAACGGUGACCAGUGUGGCCAGCAUGUCACCAGCUCUGCCCAAAAAGGAGAGGAGGUACAGGAAGAGAAGGAGCAGAGACCAUCGAGAGGACUUACCUCCAGAGAUACCUGCCAAAGCUCCAAUUGGAGACAAAACACGGAAACCCAAACUUUUAAAACCACAACCAAGGAAAUUAGUGCUGCCGAAGAUCGUGGAGGAGAACCUGACGUACGCGGAGCUGGACCUGGUGAGGCCCAUCCCGGAGCCCAAGGCGUCGCGUGGGGGCACCGUGUACGCUCAGAUACUGUUUGGGGAGGAGCAGCUAUGAGACAAACCCACACGCCUUAUGUAAAAAGUCUUGUCUAUUUAUAGUUUGUAUUGUUAUAUAUUCAAAUCAUCCGUGAGGGGAACAUGUUGGUGGAAAUGCUCCCAAAUGAUGACAGAGCUACAGACAGAGCUGUACAUAAUGUAUGAAUUUAAAUGUUUAUUCAUAUAACUUCUUUUUAUUAGAACAAGACACGAAAGGGAAACGUUUUAAUAAUCAAUUUUUUUUAAUCAGUUUUUAUAAUUGGAGUGAUAACUUGAACCUGCAGAUGAGCUUUGUGUGUUAUUUGUAACCAGAUAUGAGCAGGUUAAAGUCUUCAUUCCACAGUUGAUUAAUGAGCAUUAAUGUUACUGAGGUGAACUGAGUCGAGGAGGAAAAGAAGCUGUUCUGUUAAACCUUUCAGCUUCCUGUGAGACCAGUUUCUAGGCGCUUUCUCUACGGUGAACUAUGAUGUAAAGAAACCUUCAUGCGAGGUUACAGUAGUAGUUUUAUACUCAGGCUACUGUAUUUUAGGCUAAACAGGUGUCUUUGGCUCCAGCUCCAUCCUUGACACAUCCUACAGAGAGCAGAGACAUCAGUUUAUAUCUUCCCAAAAUGUCAAAUUAUUAUUAUUAUUAGUGAUUUAUGAUGACUGACGAUUUAACAAAAUGAAUAGCAGCGACAUUGUUCUGAAUGUGAAUCGACGCGUUUAAGUGUGAACUACUUGAAGUGUCCUCCGAGCCUUAUCCGCCUCACAACAUCCGUGCUCUAACGACCACAACUCCACAGAGCUGAUAUUAAAGCAACUAUUAGGUCUAAUCAUGGGGUUGUUUGGUUUGAGAUUAGAUAAGAGGCCUCAUUUGCCUAAACACACACCUACGCUACGGUUGCUUUGCUUCCAUAAAUCUGCAUGUGAAAGUGCUUAGGUCUCGUUUUCCACCUAAUGAUCGUCUGGAUUCAUGCAUGGAAAAGCAAAGGGGAGGUUUAGGAUUUUUUUUUUUUUAACUCAACUUGAAACCCAGACAAAAGGCCAUCAUAACAUCCCACCAUCCCCCACGAUUCUCAAUAUCAUAUGUGGCGUUCCUCCUGCAGUUACUUGAUUCAGAACAGUGCCAGACACCAAUUUCUAACUCCCAGUACAAAUGUUUUACCAGUUCCUGCAUCAGCCUUUUGUUUAUGGAUGAACUGGUGUGUGUUCAGCUCACUAUACAUACAGUAUAUCACAAUGUGACCACUGUUGCCCUCUGUUCUCCAAUCGUGUCCUUCUCUGUACAUUCAUUUGUUGUUCUCGCCUUUCAGCGGUGGGUAGAAAUGUCUUUAAAUACACUUAAGCUGUGAACUGUAAAGUUUCUACCGUACCACAACAUGGGCUAACUAGAACCAUAUGUGUGAACUGUGCCUCUCGGCUCUCUCCCUGGUGCUUUUCCCUUCCCUGACCUCUACAUGAAGAAACGCUCCAAAGUUCGGCCCGCUUGGUUUUGUACUGUGCCGUGUGUAACAAUGAGUGAAUGAGUGUGAGCAGCGAGAAUGAAAUAAAUGACAACAAUGUGA